AUGGCUCUAAAUCCAAAAUUUGCUGGGAUGAAACUUGGUCCCACUGAAACUCGACAUACCCUUGAAUUAUACCUGGACUAUGUCUGCCCCUUCUCUGCCCUAUUGUUCGGGACGUUCUAUAAAGACGUCCUCCCUUCUCUCCCCGAAAAUAUUUCUUCAUGCCUCACCGUUAUUUUCCGCCCACAAAUACAGCCAUGGCAUCCGUCUUCUACCCUCGUGCAUGAAGCAGCAUUGGCGGUGCUCAAGCUUGCGCCAGAAAAGUUCUGGCACUUCAGCUCUGUCUUGUUCGAGCAUCAAAAGGAGUAUUUUGACCUCAGUGUGGUGAAUGAGACGAGGGGCAUGACCUAUAAGCGUCUUGCAAAACUUGCCAGUGAAGAAGCGGGAGUUGACGAUAAAGCUAUGAGGGACUUAUUGUAUGUGGGAUAUGAGAGGGUUGGUGCGGACAAAAAUCUGAACAUCGGAAACGGGGUGACGGAAGACGUGAAGGCCAUAACUAGGGCCAACAGGGUUGUGGGCGUGCAUGUUACGCCAACAGUGUUCUUCAAUAGCUGGUGCAAGGGUAUCGUGGAAAUGAUUAUCGACAGCAAAUUCACGAAGGAGCAGUGGAUAGAAUGGCUGGAGGAGAAAGUGGUUUGA